AUGGCCGAACAAACCGACAACCCUGUCAAGUAUGACAUCAGGGAGUUUUCAAGCUCUGACGAAGACUUUGAAAAGUUGUCUCACAUGUGGGACAUCAUCUUCCCAACGUGGCCAGUUGAGCGACAGCGACUGGAAAAGUUUCUGCGUAUCGUCCCCGGCCAUCACUAUAUCCACGAGAAUGGCUUUGUUAUUGCCUAUCUAUCAGCCGGUGUUGGUCAGAUAGAUGUCCUUGGUGUGCUGCCUGAGCAUCGAGGAAAGGGACUCGGUACUGCAUUGUUGGAAAAAGCAAAGGCUGCGAUGAGGGAGGCCAACGGAGAGGAUCUCAAAUCUUUGCAAAUUGGAAGCCAAACUCCCCGGUUCUGGCCGCAGAUGCCAGUCGAUUUCCCGCAGGAAGUAAAGGACUUCUUCAUCCACAGAGGGUUCCGUCGAAUGGAAAAGAACUCAGCCAUAGAUCUCUUCAAGGAUAUCCGCGAGGGUCCUAUCGCACCACCCGAAGUCAUGGAGAAAAUCUCAAAGGUCAAUGUGAAGUUUUGUACAUGGUCUCCAGAACUCGAGGAAGAGUGCCUCACCAAGCAGCGAGCCACUUUUAGGUGGUACAUAGGCUACGAGGCCCUUGCAGCUUACAAGCAACACCACGAAGCAUUGGUAGCCAUUGACCCCGAGACAAACGAGCAAAUCGGAUGGACAUUCAUGUGUUCUUCCUCGUCUAUUAUCAGCGACACUUAUGCCUUUAUGCCGCUACUGCCGUCAAAGGAUAAGACGGGGCUGGUCGCCGCCGUUGGCGUGAGCGAGUCCGCAAGAGGCAAAGGCGUUGGCUUGGCCAUGGUGGUGAAAGCCAUGGAGAAUCUACGAGAGAGGGGAAUUGAGGGCAUAUACAUUGACUCGGUUUUUAUCCGGGGCUUUUAUGAGAAGUUGGGUUUUGAGACUUAUUGGGAGUACGAGGGCUUUGUCCAGGAAGGAUGA